AAUUGUCAGCCUGCUCCUCGCCAACAGAGGGAGCUAAAGCUCAUCCUCUGAGCUUCCUGCUUCUGAGUAACCUUCCUGAGGUUAUUCUGCAGACCAGCCCACAGGCCUCCAGACUGAUCACUAGGUUCCAGUCAGAUGGCGAGCGGACAGCUGUCGAGGGCGGAGGCGUUGGCGUGCACGGCCUGCAUGCACGCCUGCCAUGUGAUGCUCUACUCUGACACGAAAACUCAGCUGUUUGGGAAAUUUCCCAUCAGACAUAUCAUACUGAUGCAGAUGCGCUUUGAUGGUCUGUUGGGUUUCCCCGGCGGGCUAGUCAACCCAUCAAAGGAGACGCUGGAGGCGGGCCUUAGCAGGGAGCUGUUGGAGGAGCUGGGCGUGGCUCUUCCUGUGUCCGUGGAAGACCAUGUGGGCUCUUGCCAUGCCCCUGAUUCAUCAUCAUCCUCCUCCUCCUCCUCCUCCUCCUCCUCCUCUCGUCUUAUCACUCACUUCUAUGUGAAGAAGAUGGAGGAGGAGCAAAUUAGGGAGGUGGAGAGAGCAGCUGCAUCCACAGCAACAGAUCACGGACAUGAGGUUCUGGGAAUGGUCAGAGUCCCGCUCUACACCCUGAGAGGCGGGAAAGGCCUUGGGUCUUUCCUGUCGCACGCAUUCAUCGGCAACGCUCGCUCCCAGCUGGUCGACUCGCUGCUGCGCCUCAACCUGGUCGCCCCGGAGGAGCUGCACAAGGCCCUCACGAGCUCACUGACGACACACACACACUCGGCGGGGGACCUGAAAUCGGCCCUGGCGCUGACGGUGGCGAAGUGGAAACAGCUUUGAAACACAUCAGAACAUCCUCUCCAGCACACCCAGUAGUUUCAGUUUGGCCGUCAGCAACACAACCCUCCUCUCACACACUUAAUCCUUCACACACACACACACACACACACGCGCGCACACACAAAUACAAAUGCUCAUACUGAUCCUGAGCUGGUGACUCAUAAUUGCCUGCUGAGCAUCAAACAGUUUGAGGAAACAUUAUCAUCUCCUUUUUACCAUGAAUGGAAAUAAAACCAGACUGACUGUGA